CUGGUAAAUGAUUUAUAAACCUAAAGAUAACAAAGUAUAAAACUGUAUCACUCUCUUCACUUUACAAACGAAACCCUUUCUGAAUAGUUUGCCAUGUCUCUGAAAAUGUUUCAAAUUUUGGUGCCUGCUCUGCUGUUUACAGCUUCUGUUUCGAGCGUCCUUGGAGCACCCUUUCUGGCAGAAGAAUCAGCAAAUCAAUUCAUGAGGCUCAAACGACACAUACCAUAUUCUCCGAGCUACUGGGACUCAGGCAGCAGCCAGAACACGUGGGCAUACACUGUGGCUCAACAGAUUAGUGAAUCAUGGGCAGCUUUGAGGGAAACAGCACAAUACUACAUGGACUUGGACCCUUUUGCCUUUGAUCCUUCCACAGCUGUGUUCGAUGGGGUUUCUCAACAGAGCAUUUCAUAGACUCGGAGCCUGUGUGUACCUAACUCUAUAACAAUGGUGAGAGAAAGAGAUUCAUCCAAAAAGAGCCUCAAAUUUCUAGAACUACGUGGGAUGACUGAGGAAUUUCUUCUUGCAAGAUGACAUCAGUUGUGGAAGUCAUUCAACACAUCAUUAAAUAAAGCUCAAG